AUGAAGGGCCUCCUCUCCCGGGCGAUCCUCCGGCACACGGCUGGCGGGGUCUUCGGAGGGGGAGCCGACGCUGGUCUCCUCAGGGUUGGCGCCCGUGACUUCUGCAAUCGCUGUUGGGACUCCUCGCCUUCUCGGCGUCCGGGUGAGCUCCUCUAUGAGAGUAUAAUUUCUGCGAAGGAUGGUUAGACAUUAGUGGCCCAUCUAUGAAUGCCAUAUGCUCUUAAGAUACACUCGAGUUACCUAGCCAUCUUGGACUUCCAUGAGAUUUUUUUAUAUAUGUUUAGGUAACCUCUCACAGCCAAUAGCUUUUAUCGCACAAUGCAUUUGCUUCGUGCCCAGCAAAUUCUGCUGAAUUGCUUUCAAUUAUCUCUUGUCACGGCCAUGUUAUGCACUGCUUAGGGAUCGUGCAGUUCGACAGAAGAUUGAGAUAAAAUCUCAUUUUUUGUAUUUUCAGCAUCGCCAUUUUCAUCCGAGGAGAGGUUUCAGGAAUUUCUUAAAACUGCGAGUUUAUUUCAGUUUUUUUACAUAAAGAAACGCCUAAAAAAGAUGGGAAGAAAAGAAAACCUUGUACGAGGGAAAAGGUGCUAUAGUUUACAUUGGUUUCGCAGACAGAUUUUCCGAACUAGUUGUUUUAAUUAGUGCUGAAUUGAAAACCAACUUUAGCAAAUUCUCUUGAUUCUCAGCAUCAAUCAGUCAGUUGACUAAAUUGAUAAAAUUUUCUCGUAAUUUUUUUGGUUGAAGGCCCACUGGAACUCUAUAGAAGACUAGUUAUGGAGGGGAAAUUGCAGCAUGAUAAUCACCAGGAAAAGGUGGCGUCUGAGUUGGAAGAUCUACUUGGAAGGCUGAAGAAGUAUGAGAAAGAAAUGCAAGAUUAUCAUGUAAGUUUCUGUACUCAUCAAUGCCAUAAGGUCCAAUUUAUUGAAAUCUAGAGAAGUAAUUUCCAAGAUAUAUUUUUCCUCUUUAUGACAUCUUUAGGCUAAACUCGCAAUGUGGGAGAACAAUAGAGAGAGUGAGAGGCGAAAGCUGUUGAUGGAGGAGGCUCAGGUUAAACAGAAGGAUGGGCUAUAUCACAGUGGUUUUGUUGAUAAAUGGUUAUCACGGUACAAAAAUAUGCACUUAAUGAAAAUGAAGGAAAAUGCUAUAAAUUUUCUUGUCUUAUCACCUUCUUUUAUUUCCAAGAUUGCGUGUGGGCACAUGUACCAAACUUGUUAAUUAGGCAUUUCGCGAUGGUUAAUGUGGAAUGUCUGUAAAUUCAUUGCCAUAAAAAUCAUACUCGAACUCUGUUGUUCCAUUUGGGGCACAACAACCUAGCUACUCGACAAAUAAUCACCAGUAUAAUGGUCUAUCACAAUUUUUAUUAGAACUCAAAAUAAUGUUGCUUUCAUAUUGAUAAAUCUUUUAUGGAGGAAAAAAGAAAGGCACUGAGAACUCGGUUCGUAUAAUAAAAAAUUCCAUCCGGUAAAAUUUUAAAUAUCGAAAUUACUGUUGAACUUUGCCAUUAAAGCCUUGUGAUUAAUACUGCAACACAUUCUGCUGUAAUGCCUGUCACUAAUUAUUUCAUAAGGGAAGUUGACAGAAAGUUCCUGUUUCCUGCCCUAAUAUAUUUCUUGAAAAGGUAAUGGGAACAAUAAGUUUCCAAACUUCUCAAACAUUUGCUACUCUCUACACCCUCUACCCAACGAGCUCUUUUGAACGGUCGAAAUUUUUCCACACAAGACUUUGCGGACAUUUUCCAAUGUGAAACAUUCUUCCAUAUAUUUAAAAGUACUCCACUAACUUUUCUUAUUUAUACUACCAGUUUUGUUUGUGACACUGUUGAGAGAAGAUGAAGUGACGUAGCUCAAGUGACAUCUGCAAGUAGGGUAGAUCACAUGGAACAUGCAUUAUAUAAAGAGCUUGAUUUGCAUUUCGUUGCCCUCAUUUUUUGUCAUUAUUGAGCAACGUAUGAGGUUAUGAAUCAGAGGUUUUGAGGAGUGUUUCUAGUCCUCUCCUGCUCAUACUCCCAGACGUCCGUAUGACAUUCAAAUUUCCACAUUGUAGGGUAAUUAUAUAUUUUCCUCCCAAUUAUUUUUCAUACUCAACUUGACGUUCAUGCUCUCGUAGAAAAGCAUGUCUUCCUGUGAAAACUACCUGUUGAAGAUUUCCAUUGCUUUUGUGCCAUCUCUUAUUUACUGUCACUGAACACGUUCAUUUUUCUUUUGCUAUUGUUAUUUUUAUGGACACAUUUCUAUUUAUCUUCUCACUUUUAGUGGUAGAUUUCCCCCAACGCAAUCCACAAACUGAAAUUCCACGAAUCCAGCUUUUUUUUUCAGUUAUUUUCUCUUGUCCAUGGUAGUAUGGUUUUAUUUCCUCAAAACAGAUGCUCAGGAAUUUCGUGAUACAAUUGGAAGGCAGCGGCAUCUUUUUUCUCCAGAUUUGAGGCUAGGUGCUAUUUUGUAAAUGUUAUGGAAAAUUUCAAGAAAUAUGGGGGGGAUAUGUGAUCUGAUGUGAAAAAGUAAAUGAAAAGGUAAGAAAUGUAUUAAUGGAUAAUAAUUUAUGUAAUUGUGUAAAGAAACAAUUUUUCUGUCACAGUUAUUUUCGGCUUCGAAGUUCAGAAAAAAAGAAUUAAUCAUACUACAUAGAAACAGUCGAUAGAUAGCAUAGCAUUGCCCAUUAGUAUAAUGCAAAUUCACAGCUUUUUUUGAAUCCGUGUCAUCUAGGUGCCAUAUCUUAUGUAUUAUAUUUCACGGAAUGCUUAACGCACUUAUUUACUCUUCAUAUUGCUUCACUUUCAGUUUCUAUCUUUUGACUGGUGGUUAUGCUCUCAGGAGGAGAAACGAGAAUAUAGAGGCUGGAGUUGGUAGAAUGGUUUCAUAUCUUAACCGAGAGAAGAAGUUGGACUCAUUUGUAGGCCGCCGUCCUAUUGCUCCCCUUGCACCAAAAGGACUCUAUUUGUAUGGGAAUGUUGGAAGUGGUACAUUUCCAAUAUCAAACAUGUUUCUGACAUCAUUAGACAUAUCUUUUUCCAUCUUUUAACGCAAAAUUUCUAGUGUGCAAUGCUUUCCCUCUUUUUCCUCACAUCUAAUUUCUUUUUCUUCUUGGAAAGGUAGACCAGAAUGCUUGCUCCUUUUUUCCUCUCUCCCUGAUGCUUACAUCCCUUUCUCCUCUAGAAUUUGUUUCAUAGAUGCACAUUAAAGUUGUUUAAUCUGAAGGAAGAUCUAUAUAUUACGCAGGAAAGACCAUGUUAAUGGACAUGUUUUAUAGUGCCACUGAAGGUAUUGUUAAGCAUCGGCGAAGGUUUCAUUUUCAUGAGGUAAAAUUUAUACUUUAGAUUUUAUUUUUUAUCAAAUGGUAACUCCAAAGGUUGCCACGGCGAAAUUUAUUUGUCCGUAAUUUUCUUUUGUUCUUAUUUCUACACAUUCAGGCCAUGCUUGAGAUUCAUGAACACAUGCACAACGUAUGGAAAAACCAGAUUGAAGAAAAAUCUUUCCAAUCAGGUGUCUUCAAUUGGAUUGAUAACCUACCAUUUGACAGAAGAGUGAAAGAAUGGUUGAUGGGUGAAGAAAGAUACAAAGAAGAAGCACAAAUGAAACAUAUUCUUCCUGCUGUGGCAGACAAAUUUCUUGUAGACAGGCAGGUUGAUCAGCGUGGUGCCAGCAUCCUUUGUUUUGAUGAGAUACAGGUAUAGAGGGAAUUACAUCACUUUUGUAGUGAUCGUUUUUUCUUGAACAAAGCCGCAGAAAUAUGCAUUAUAUGCCGUUUUCUCGAUGGAACCCUAAUUAUUUUCAUCUCUUAUAUUUUGGUACCAUGAAUAAUUCAUGGCCGUUGUUAGAUGAUUUUUUUUUUUGAUAUUUCAUCACUAUGAUCGAAUUUGAUGAAGUAUUUUAUCUAAAUUAUAAAAUUAUGGGCCUUUUGUAAAAAUGGCUCUGGUCACCUUUUUCCAUAGAAUUUCGACAUUAAAUCUCCGUCUCUCCCUCUGUAUGCGUGUCUUAGUAUGCGAAUGCAUAUGCUUAUGGUAUUUAUAUGUGUAUGCAUGAACGUGCUUGUCAGAAAAAAUGUGCAUGUGCAUGCAUAUAUCUGUGAGUGAAUGAACCCUCAAUUUUGCUAUGACGUUGCAUCUGUGCAUGACUAUGCGCGCAAAAUAGUAUCCUGAAGGUUGGUUUGUAUGGUUGGACAUCUUCAACUUUAAUGAUAACAUAGUUAUUGGUUAUUCAUGUACAAAUUUCUGGGAUUUGCAAAAUGAUCCUUGUUUCUUUUAUCAUGUGUUAAAUUUAGUGAACCAAACAACUCAAAAUCAUCUGCUAGCUGGCCCUUCUUUAUACUCAUAUAUUUACUUUUGUUUUAGUCAGUACGAGAUUAUUUCUGUCCCCUCACAUGUAAGUCAAGUUUAGUCUUUGUGGCAUGGACACUACAAAUAAGGUGUACGCGGCCUGAAAGCAAUCAUCUGUUUUGAAAUUUUGUUAAAGUUUUGGGGUCAUCCAAGCAAAAAAUAAUUGAGAAAGAGUAAAGCAUGCCCAUCUUGAUAAUUCAUCCGUUUUGUUUUUGGCUUAAUCAACAUGAAAGUAUUCUAAAAUUACACGAACAAUUAAUUUGUGAAAUCAAAAUGAGCAGUCUUUCCCAAAUCCGAUAAAUAGUGAGAGCAAGGUAGAGGCUUGGCAAUUAUUUGGAUGAGCUAAUGGAUUCGGUAGUUAUUUAUAUUAGUUUUUAUUUGAGACAGUUGUUACCAUCUAGAAUCAUGUGGUGUGCUGGUAGAAUAUUUUCCAUAGAUUUGCACAUGGAUUUGCGUUGUCUCUAAUCAUCAGGAAACUUUUCACUGCUGUUUACAUCAUAUCCCUCAGUCGAACUUAUGGAGUAACUUGUAUCGUGAAAAAUGUACUUAGCCUUUCAUAACUUGAAUUUUCAUCAUUAUUCCAGACUGUUGAUGUCUUCGCUGUUGUGGCCUUAUCUGGGAUUGUCAGUAGAUUAUUAAGUAAUGGCAUCGUCCUCGUGGCUACUAGUAAUAGAGCACCUGAAGAUUUAAAUCAGGUACAUUUUUCAUCAUGAUUAAAAAUCGUGCUGAGGGGAUUUCAAGUCUUGAAAUAUCUAAUGUUAUUACAAUUUUUUCUGCAUAAAUUUUAAUUUUUUGAUUAGCUGUUUAUUUCCUUCUCUUUUAAUGUCAUGAAGAACUGCUUGAGAGAAAUUUCUUGUCCGAAAUGGAUGAUCUAGAAAUAGAAAUGCUUCACUCAAUGAGACAUUCUUCUUCUUUGUAGGAUGGCAUGCAACUGGAUAUCUUCCUAAAGUUUGUCUCAGAGAUGGAGGAAAACUGUCAGAAACUUUUAAUUGGAAGCGAGAUUGAUUAUCGUCGCUGUAUAGCAAAUGGAAAUUUGGACAAGGUCAGAGAUUUGAAAACUCUCUCAAUCUUUUUUUAAUCUGACAUACCCGGUUACUUUGUCGUUGUAUACUGUCAGGUUUCAGUGAUUUUGUCCUCGUAGAGUUUGGUGUUUUUUAUUUCCAAUUGCAUGAUUGAUACUAUUGUGCAUGGAUGUCCAAUUUAGUUCCUGUCAGAGCAGCAUGAUGUGAGAGUAUGUUUUCUUCCCCAUUCCGAUAUAUAUCUUUUAGAAUGAUGGUUUGUUUGCGUUACUUAUGUUAAUGGGAUAAAAUGUCAUUUCUCUAAAGCCGAAAAAGGUAAAAUACCCUUCACAUUCAUCGAGUGGUCCAUAAAUUACUAUCUUUUCAUUUUAACCCGGCAGAAUCUGUUCAUUUUAUUCCCAAUUUAUUCUUUCCAGUCAAGAUGCCAUGUUGGCGAUCCUGAAAACUCAUCUUGAUGACGUUUUCUUUUGAAUAUCCCAAGUGAUGCUCGUUAUGUAAAAAAUAUGCAAGCUAAAUUACAUCUUAUACCAUUUAAAGCAUGGUCUUGCAGGCCUGCUAACCCUUGAUAAAACUGAUCAAAUAUUUUUGGGGUCUAUCAAAUCUGUUCCUAUAUCAGAGGAACUUUUAUAAAUUAGAAGAUCGGAAUGAUACUAGAAAGGGCCAACUCCGAUUUGGGUGUCCAUUUCUUUUUUCGUUUUAUUUUGUGGGAACAGGGGUGGCAUCCAAUACAAUAUGCCAUUAUAAAAAUAAAGCAACCAAACUAGGCUGAUACGCCUAAAAUUGGCUGACCCUGGAUGCAUUGUCCAGUUUUUUGAUUCACCUCUCGGAACAAGUCAUUUCCUGCAAAACGAUGCAAGUUAGGGAAGAAUAGGGAAGGGCCAAAUUUUCUCCCCGCUGGUGGGGAGCGGGGAAAGAAGACAUGCAUAAAAAAGGAAUAUGAAUUCACCUGGAAUCUUUGCCGCUAUUAGCACCUGUUGAGAGAAAGGAAUAGCUAAGUAAGAACAACAAAGGGAAAAAAGGAUCACUGGGAGCAACUGUCAGUCACCAUCAUCUGCCACUGGCUGAUGCUAGAGACUGUUACUGGAUGCCAUUGCUGUGGGCCGCCUGCUGCUGGCUUGUUGUCUUCUAGUUCAUCCUGGAUGCCGACCCUUUCAUCUGAAAAUAAAAAGGAAUUCUUUUUAGAGUGUGAGGAUUUUUAUUUGAACAUUCACUUCAUUUAUAGACACGGUCCUUUUUAACAUGUUAUUUUUUAUACAUUUUUAUUAAAAAUAUCAUCUAUAAACUUAAUAAAAUUUAAACUCGAUGUUUUUACAGUUUUUACAUGAAUCUGACUCUUUUCUCAGAUCACACGAAAGGGCUAUUCUGAUCACUCUAGAUUCAGAUCGCCGUUGAGCCCCCAAAAGUACUUUUUACAAGCAGUUUUCGUAGUAGACUCCCAACUUAUGGGCUGAACAUGGCCUAAUUUGGUGAAUUAUAGGAGUAUCUGGUAAUGGAUCUGCCCUAUUUGACUCAAUCUUAUUCAGUAGUCCGCUUCGAGUAAAUGUGUGGGGAUCAAAAGAAAGAUACGGAAGAGCUGUACAUUUUUGGCUUGCUGGUAGAGAGUGGAGGAAGAAAAAGAAAGAAAAAGAGAAAAUGUCACCUGUGAGCUGCGUCCAUUGUCAGUCGUUCACUGUGAAUUAGGGAUACCUGACCUCCAUACUACAUUUUGUGUCCGACCUGCGUGAGAAAAGAGAUUUAGGAUAUGGGUCGGGAUUUUUGUGAUUUCGAAAAAUGUAGUGAAGCGUAGAAAAUUUCUUAUCUAACAUUUUUAUUAUGGUCGUAUCCAUUUCAUAAAAACAGUUUUAUAUACUUCAUAACUGCGUAAAAUGAACUUUUUAGGAGUUAAUUUUCCUCUUUUUAUUGGGUGGGGGGUGUGUGAAGAUAUCUUUUAUAUUGGUUUGAAGAUAGCCAUCUUUGAAAAACUUAUAUUACAACCUUUGUAGAUCUUUUAUCCAUUUUGUGGAGCAUGGGAUGAAGGCUCGUGGAGGCCCCUAAUAGACUUCUGUGGAGAGUUAGAUAGGUGUUCUAUCUGUGUGGUCACCGCUGUUUGAUAUGCCUCACCCUCAUUGUCUCAUUUUUGGUUGUUACAUCUUAUCCAGAUGCUUGUGGGGGUGUCUUUGCCUUUAAUUUGACAUCAUAUAUCCUGACAAUAUUGAAUAAUACUUUUGAUCAUAAGGCUUGGAUGAUGACAUCCUCACAAUUGGAUUAUCUGUCUCUAGCUCUAUUUUUAUGUCUAAAACCGAAAAAAAAUUUCAGAAUUUAUUUUUUUGGCCUCUGGACACGAAUACUCACCGCCAAAUAGAGACUGUUUGGCAUGAAAUCACCAAUCAGUCUGGAGGAAAGGUCAUCUCCACCACCAUUCCUGUCAUGUUUGGGAGGUAUGCAGUAGAUUUCACAUCUUACUGCCCUUUCUUCUAAUAGAUUUUUUAAAAACUUUUUUGUUGGGAAUUUACUCCAUUUUUAAGUGCAUUUUUUUAAUAGGAGAAUAGAGAUACCUGAAAGCUGUGAAGGGAUAGCGAGAUUCUCAUUUGACUAUCUCUGUGGUCGUCCGGUAAUCUAACCUGUCUUGAUGGAAGUAAUAACUUUUCGUACAUCUUUCUUUUAUACUGGAACUUGAUUGGCAUCGCAUGUUGCUGUUUACAGAAGAAAAAAGGUCGGUCCCUUGUGCUUUGAGAUUCAAAAAGAGUCUCGCCUGUUGAACAAGAGGAAUAUUUCCUCUGUAGUCAAAUUCCUUAAGUCUAAAACGCUUUCAAAAAAUGUCCCGAGCUUGAGCUAGCUAGAUUUCAGAAGAGAAUGCACUUGUUAAUACAUUUCUGAAAAAUAAUAUUUUAAAGGAGAAAAGCGUUUUAUUCAGUGGCAUGUAGAAAGGCUCCCUAUAGGCUUGCCUGGAAGAAAAACUGAAAAUUGUGUCCAGUACCCAAGAGAGACAUGCAUGUUCUAUCUUGUCAGUUCACGUGUAAAUUGCUCAAAAUAUAAAAUCUAAAAACGAUAUAAAUUUAUAAACAUAUUUAAUAAUAGGGCAAAAUGUAGGAAUGUUUUCAAAAGGACGCCAUCUGCUGAAAACAUUUCAAUCUACCCAUUCUCAGUACCUUGACAUCAGGUUUAUCCUUUGAAGGAGAAUGGUGAAAAGGUUUUUGCGUAGCUUAUGCAAGAAAAGGUCAUGUAGAACUGAUCUUGAGGCAAUCUAGCUUCACUUAGUAAAAACCUAGGCUGAAUUUGUCAAUUUUCAGGAAAUUGAGAACCACUGUAGUCCUUGCUCGCUGUCCACUUUAUGAAAAUGUUUUAAUCCUUAUUUUCAGCCAAUUUUCAUUCAUUAUGCCGAGAAAUUCAUCCUUGUUAAUGAUGUCUAAUGCCCGUCUUCUGAAUGUUUCUGCAUAGAAUGACUGGCCCGACGACUUGAAUAAUUAACUCAUAUUUUCUUCAGUUUCAAUACGAGUUUAUUUUGAAUCGUUGGAGUAUUUUCAAUACAAUUUCGGAUCAGUGACAAGAAAUUAUUCCUGUUUCUGGGCAUGCAAUUUUCCCAAUUUUGGCCAAUUCUUUUCCAGGUUGGAGCAGCUGAUUACAUUGCAAUUGCUAGGCGGUAUCACACAGUUUUCAUAGCAGAUAUACCGGUGAUGAGCAUGCGUAUUCGUGACAAGGUAUUACUUUUCAGAGUUCAAUGUAGGAUUUCGUUUAAAAUUUGGAUCAUGUUUCGUUGUUUUUUUACUGAAUUAUCAGGUUUACGUCCUAUUCAUGAUACUCGCCAAAAUUCUUACAACUGAUCAAGUUUUUAGUUGAAAACGGCAUGUUAAUUACUUAAAUAGAAAGGUUGGGUAUUCCAAACAACACAAUUUUUAUCACAUGUCUAUUGUACCUCUCCAUGGAGACGAAUGCAGAAUAUCCUGAAGAGUAAAUUUUUGUAUAACAUUCUUCUCUACCAUGGUUGGAAUCAAACAGACGAUUUUGUCACAUAUUUCAGGCACGAAGAUUCAUCACACUUAUUGAUGAGCUAUACAAUCAUCAUUGCCGGCUUGUAUGCACUGCGGCUUCACCAAUUGAUGAUCUAUUUCAAGGAACUGACGAGGGAACGCUCUUUGACCUGGAAAGGUAAAAACUUAGUUGACGUGCGCUAACGUUGAUCACAGAUAGUGACCCUUUCUAGCUUCUUUGUUUCCUCGUUUUUCUGUGUGACGUAUCCACCAUUCAUUCGGUGCAAACUGGGAUGUCAUUCUCGACUUGACUCGCAAAAUCACGAGCAAAUGGGAUUUAUGAUCGAUGCUUUCCGCAACCGUUGCUGUCAUUAUCAGUCUUUUUUUUUUUUACAGAGUUUCCUCUAGAAUGCCUUCCAUAAUAUGCUAUGGAGGAGAUGGCAACUUCCCCCGGGUUAGACCAUAACCAUUCUUCAGUAUAUAUAUAUAUCUAUCCUAGGGAAAAAAUAUCUGUACCAAUGUGAGGAACUGGGUCGUGUUUAUGAAAUUAGACAUCCAAUCUACUUAAAAUGUUGUCAUCCAUUGAAUAGAUAAGUCGUUCUAAUGAUACACCUGUGACCGAAGUAUCCUAGUGCUCUUAUUAAAAUCUUAAACUAUUCAGUUGGCGUGCGCAGGUGCUUUUCCUUGGAUCCUUUCUCUAUCACGUUCGGCCAUUGGAACUGACCUGGCAAUUCUCUAUCCGCCUCUGUUGCAGUUUCCAGUUCGAAACUGAGGCCGAAGGUGGGAGACUCCGGCAAAAUGUCCUCGCUGCAGGCGGCGUUGGUUCGGUGGGUGCUCCCGCAGCGAUUGUGUCACUGCUGUCAGGCCAAGAAGAGAUGUUCGCCUUCCGCCGAGCGGUGAGCGCCCUUCUGAGCCCACCUUUCCUCACUCUCCAUUGAUCAUUUCCUUAGUCUGAAACCCCCUCCCCCCCCUUCAUAGUUGAAACCCACAUGGCCAAUCCUCCAAAGACCCACAUGGCGUCUGCACAGAUAAUGCAAGUGCUUCAGGCCAUCAUAUGCUUCAGGGGAGGACGUCGGAUGAAAGCAAGCUGUUCGGACUGCACUCACUCAAGAGAGAUAUGUCCCUUCGUGCAGGUCUCUCGGCUGGUCGAGAUGCAGACGCCUUCCUACUUGCAGGGAGUUGAGCUCGUUCAUCCCUAUUUUCAAGUCCACGGAGGGGAAGCCCAGGUGGAGGCGCCGGCAUAG